AUGCAUCAUCACCCAGGCGGCUACUUUGCAAUUGACCUAGGUCAUCUUUCGCGAUCAUGGAAUUUUCUACAAUCACCAGAAUCUUCACCUAUUUUAUUUAUAAGCCUAGCUUUUAUUGCUUAUUUAAUUCUGAUUCGUCACUGUCGUUAUUCACGUUCUGCACGUCAUGUUCGACUUUUCUCAGAGUCCCAGGUUUUGGACAGACAAGAAAUGCCUCUUCCUGUAGCCCAGAAGAUUUACGAUUCUCUUAUGCAUGCCGAAUUUCCAUUCUGGUUUUGGAAAGGUAUUGAACUUGCCUUGUUUCGCACCUAUGGUAUCCCAACAAUCUCGUCACAGCUAGCAAAAACUUCACGAUUAGUGGCACCAGACGCUCUCCCUCGUCGAUAUGUUGAGACAGAAGUCCUCUUUCUUGAAUUUGCGUUGAGACAAUGGGGAACAGUACCAUGGCUACAGGCAAUGGCACGGACACGGGCUAUUCAUGCAGCGUAUCGGAAAUCAGGGUCCGUGAAAGAGGAAGAUAUGCUAUACACGUUAGCGUCUCUUGCCACGCAGCCGGUUUUGCUAGUGGAGAAAUUGGAAUGGCGGUCCCUUAAUGAAGUCGAGCUCACUGCUGUUGGGACAUUGUAUCGUGCUAUCGGAGAUGCUCUCAGUAUUGACUAUACUCUACAUCUUCAGCCUUUCAUCAAGAAAGAAGGCACUGGUCAGAAUGGACUUGACUUUUACAGUGCCCUUCGUGAUUGGCAAGUCUCAUACGAAACUAGAGAGAUGGUCUACACCCCACAAAACAAGCUACUAUGUGAUGCGGCUGUUGGGCUGCUUCUUUGGGGGGUGCCUGGGAAAUCACUGAAGCGAUUCAUUACAACGGCGUUAACUACCAUUAUGGAUGAUUUGCUGCGAGAGGCAAUGGGAUUCCCACCAACCCCAUACUGGAUCGCCUCUAUCACAAAGUGUAUUUUGGCUACUCGUAAAAUGUUCCUGAGACAUCUGUGUCCUCCACGGCCAGAUCUGCUAAAGAAAAAAGUGAGAGUUCAUGGUCCUAGUGUGCCAAACACCAUAAUGAGAUCGUAUGUCGCAGCCCCAUAUUUCGUGGAACCUACCGUGUGGAAUCGAUGGUUCAGUCUUGGAACAUGGUGGUGGUGGGCACUUGGACUACCAAUCCCCGGUAAGGACUCCGCUCAUCAGCCAGAGGGAUAUUAUAUCCCAGCCUUGGGACCACCUUUAGGGCGGACUGUAGCCUCCCAGAGGAGAGAGGAGAAAAAGGUGAAGGCAGUGGGAUUAUCCAAGGGAUGGCAAUAUUUAUAA